GCGGUCUAUAACCUGUCAAAACAAACUCUGGAUGAUGCAACAAUUAGAGUAUUAUCGAAAGGUCUUAAUUUUGCUAUAACACCGAAAAAAUUACCGUACGAACAAAUUAUCUGUAGUGUCGAGGACUGUUUAUUUAAAAACAAUAUGCAAAAGGAGGAUUUGGAAGCGAUACGUCAAGACAUUUCGUCUAUGUUACGUCGAAGUUCAGCGCCUAAACCGAAUCUACCUAAAGACGAAUUCAAAGCGUUGACUAACCUACGCAAUAAACCAGAACUCACGAUUCUCCGCGCAGAUAAGGGAAAUGCCACGGUAGUUAUGGAUACGUCAGAUUAUAAUUUUAAAAUACAAGAACUUUUGUCGGAUGUAAGUACGUAUAAAAAGGUUAAAAAUGACCCAACAAAUAACACACUUAAAACAACUAGUGAUCUCAUAAAGAAACACUCCGAAAAAUUAAAUCUAGACGUAAAAUCGAUAAUACCUACGUGUGCUAAACCACCGAAGUUAUAUGGGUUACCAAAAAUACACAAGCCCAAUGCUCCACUACGUCCUAUAGUGAGCCAAAUCGAUUCACCAACUUACAGAUUGGCUCAACACUUAGCGAAUAUACUCUCACCGCUCAAAGGACAUACAAGAGCACACACAAAGGAUUCCUACCAAUUUUUCAGCGAGAUUAAAGACCUACAUCUGGCAGACAAUGAAACUAUGGUGAGUUUUGAUGUGCAGUCUCUGUUCACAUGCCUACCUGUUGAAGACUGCAUCUCGAUUGUUACUAGAAGGCUAGAGGAAAACAACAUGCCCGUAGAAUAUGCAGUAUUACUCAGACACUGCCUUACAUCUGGCUACCUAUUGUGGAAGGAGGAGUUCUACAAGCAAGUAGAUGGUGUGGCGAUGGGCUCGCCUGUAUCUCCCAUUGUUGCCGAUAUAUACAUGGAGGACUUUGAGGAGAAAGCCCUGCUUACUUCUCCCAUAAAGCCAAGAUUCUACAAGCGGUACGUAGACGACACUUUCACAAUUCUACCUUUAGAUAAAGUAACUGCAUUUUUAGACCAUCUUAACUCCUUAAAUUCUAAAAUUCAGUUCACAAUGGAGUUAGAGGCAAACAAUUCUUUAGCUUUUCUAGAUGUAUUAGUAAUUCGGAAUCCUGAUAACACCUUGAGCCACACUGUGUAUAGAAAAAAGACCCAUACAGAUAGAUAUUUAAACGGUGAUUCUCACCACCAUCCUUCACAGUUAGCUACCGUGGGUAAAUCUUUGUUUCAGAGAGCACGAGGGAUCUGUGACAGUAAACACCUGGCCGCCGAGCUCCAACACGUCAAGCAAGUUUUGCACGACAAUAAGCUUCGGGUCCCGCGCCUACGUCACAGUGAACGGGUGAAGCCGGCCACAGUCGAGCGAGUGCCUGCUGUACUGCCAUAUGUCAGAGGUGUCACUGACAAGAUUGGCUACAUCUUGAAGCGUGCUUCCAUUAAAACAUAUUUCAAGCCGCCGAAGAAGAUUAGUCAGUUUUUACCAUCAGUCAAGUGUAAUAUUCCUCUGCAAGAUGCAGGAGUGUACAAGCUGGAUUGUGAAUGUGGUCUCUCUUAUAUAGGACAAACUAAAAGAUCCGUAAAAACCCGCGUUAAAGAACACACAGCUGAUGUGAAGAAUAGACGCUCCGGGAAGUCUGCAGUCUGUGAACACGUACAAGAUCGCCCCCGUCACUACAUUAGAUUUGAUAGACCACAAAUCCUCGCUAAAGAACACCGAUUCCUUCCAAGGAUGAUUCGCGAGGCUAUUGAAAUAAAGAAACAUCCUAAUUUCAAUAGAGAAGAUGGCUGGGUGCUACCAUCUGCUUGGGAUCCCAUAAUUAAUAAAAUUAAAUCCCAACCCAAGCAUACAACUGCAAGACUUCAUGAUACUGUAAGUUCAUACUGCGUAGAUCGGAACAAAAAUUAAUAAUUUUUAAUCUGGAGGUAGCCGUGGUUAACUAUGACAUUGGGACGUCAUACACCUCAGUCCCCCCCGUGACCAUGGGUGCUGUAAAGUGCUUGAAACGUCGGGAAAGUAAAAUAAGUUAAUAUACGCGAUAAAAUCCGUAAAAUUAGUUUUAUUGAAAUGUGUAGUGUUCGCGUAAAUAUAAGAAAUCAUUAUGUGAACCAGUACGGACUGGUAAUUGCAAAUAAAAUUCGCCGAUUAGAAGAUCUCGUGACUAAGCGCGCAAGAUAUAUAACAGCAUUAAACUUUUUAAAACGCUGUCGUGAUAAUAAUAUCAUCCCUACGUGUGUCAAAAUAUCCACUAAAAAGGACAUUCGAGGAAGCGCUAAGAUCUUAAAUGAGGCAAGUAAAAAGUUGUUACGAACGGUAAUCCAACAAAAACGCUCCGAUCUACAUACCAUAAACAAAUCCAUAGACACAUCAUUCAGUGAUUUAAAGGCAGUUUUAACGACAUUUGAUUAUAAUGUUUGCAUCGAAACGUUAAAUAAACGAGAAAUUAAUAAAUAUAAUGAAUGCAAAAACAAACAUAUAAUAAAAUAUCAAAAAUUAACGACCAAAUUAAAUGUCAAACAUCUGUGUCGACGUGAGAACGAAACGCAACCGUCGACUACGAACGCGGAUCAUAGAUUAAACGCGGUCUAUAACCUGUCAAAACAAACUCUGGAUGAUGCAACAAUUAGAGUAUUAUCGAAAGGUCUUAAUUUUGCUAUAACACCGAAAAAAUUACCGUACGAACAAAUUAUCUGUAGUGUCGAGGACUGUUUAUUUAAAAACAAUAUGCAAAAGGAGGAUUUGGAAGCGAUACGUCAAGACAUUUCGUCUAUGUUACGUCGAAGUUCAGCGCCUAAACCGAAUCUACCUAAAGACGAAUUCAAAGCGUUGACUAACCUACGCAAUAAACCAGAACUCACGAUUCUCCGCGCAGAUAAGGGAAAUGCCACGGUAGUUAUGGAUACGUCAGAUUAUAAUUUUAAAAUACAAGAACUUUUGUCGGAUGUAAGUACGUAUAAAAAGGUUAAAAAUGACCCAACAAAUAACACACUUAAAACAACUAGUGAUCUCAUAAAGAAACACUCCGAAAAAUUAAAUCUAGACGUAAAAUCGAUAAUACCUACGUGUGCUAAACCACCGAAGUUAUGUGGGUUACCAAAAAUACACAAGCCCAAUGCUCCACUACGUCCUAUAGUGAGCCAAAUCGAUUCACCAACUUACAGAUUGGCUCAACACUUAGCGAAUAUACUCUCACCGCUCAAAGGACAUACAAGAGCACACACAAAGGAUUCCUACCAAUUUGUCAGCGAGAUUAAAGACCUACAUCUGGCAGACAAUGAAACUAUGGUGAGUUUUGAUGUGCAGUCUCUGUUCACAUGCCUACCUGUUGAAGACUGCAUCUCGAUUGUUACUAGAAGGCUAGAGGAAAACAACAUGCCCGUAGAAUAUGCAGUAUUACUCAGACACUGCCUUACAUCUGGCUACCUAUUGUGGAAGGAGGAGUUCUACAAGCAAGUAGAUGGUGUGGCGAUGGGCUCGCCUGUAUCUCCCAUUGUUGCCGAUAUAUACAUGGAGGACUUUGAGGAGAAAGCCCUGCUUACUUCUCCCAUAAAGCCAAGAUUCUACAAGCGGUACGUAGACGACACUUUCACAAUUCUACCUUUAGAUAAAGUAACUGCAUUUUUAGACCAUCUUAACUCCUUAAAUUCUAAAAUUCAGUUCACAAUGGAGUUAGAGGCAAACAAUUCUUUAGCUUUUCUAGAUGUAUUAGUAAUUCGGAAUCCUGAUAACACCUUGAGCCACACUGUGUAUAGAAAAAAGACCCAUACAGAUAGAUAUUUAAACGGUGAUUCUCACCACCAUCCUUCACAGUUAGCUACCGUGGGUAAAUCUUUGUUUCAGAGAGCACGAGGGAUCUGUGACAGUAAACACCUGGCCGCCGAGCUCCAACACGUCAAGCAAGUUUUGCACGACAAUAAGCUUCGGGUCCCGCGCCUACGUCACAGUGAACGAGUGAAGCCGGCCACAGUCGAGCGAGUGCCUGCUGUACUGCCAUAUGUCAGAGGUGUCACUGACAAGAUUGGCUACAUCUUGAAGCGUGCUUCCAUUAAAACAUAUUUCAAGCCGCCGAAGAAGAUUAGUCAGUUUUUACCAUCAGUCAAGUGUAAUAUUCCUCUGCAAGAUGCAGGAGUGUACAAGCUGGAUUGUGAAUGUGGUCUCUCUUAUAUAGGACAAACUAAAAGAUCCGUAAAAACCCGCGUUAAAGAACACAUAGCUGAUGUGAAGAAUAGACGCUCCGGGAAGUCUGCAGUCUGUGAACACGUACAAGAUCGCCCCCGUCACUACAUUAGAUUUGAUAGACCACAAAUCCUCGCUAAAGAACACCGAUUCCUUCCAAGGAUGAUUCGCGAGGCUAUUGAAAUAAAGAAACAUCCUAAUUUCAAUAGAGAAGAUGGCUGGGUGCUACCAUCUGCUUGGGAUCCCAUAAUUAAUAAAAUUAAAUCCCAACCCAAGCAUACAACUGCAAGACUUCAUGAUACUUUACAGGUCGUAUUGGGCACUGGACUUCAAAGAUCCUUGGAAUUUCCCGAACAUUGCAAUGGAAAAGCAGCCGAUUCUAGUCUUCUCACCCCAACAGCGUUAACCAGAUGGCUCACUUUAUGUUGGAGAUUUCAAUUUAAUUCGCCGAAUUACUCCUGAAGGCGUUGUUAGUAUUGUAUUACCAUUAGAGUAAGUUUCUUAAACAUAUUUUGUAUCUCAAUAUGCAUUUGUUAUAAAUGUGUAAUGUAAAAAGACUAAUUAAUAAUAAUCCCUUUUUGAAAUAUAUAAAUUAUUUAGAGUACAUGUGUACGCAGUGAAGCAACGCGAGGGACUAAUUGUUUCACAACCAUCUCAGAAAUGGAUGAGGUCUGUGCGCAGCAGUUGAACGAACCUAUAAAAUACAUAAUACAGUUAAUUCUCAUAAUAGUUGCUAUGCAAUAUGCAUAAAAUAUUUAACGCAAUACCCAAAUACAUAAAAUUACAAUCAAUGAAGCACUUCAGGAACGAUAUAAGAAGUAGCUAAUUAAUAAUGCUCUUCUAUUCGGUUAGUGAGUUGUUGGAACAAAUAUGUCUUUAAACUUUGACGAAAGAAAUUUAUAUAAUAAAAUGUCGACAGUUGUAUAUUAUAAUGUGACAUAAAAUCAUAGAUAUUAAUGCUAUUAUAGUGUAAAAGUAAUUAUUUUCUUUUUUAUUGCUUCGUAAGUUCACUUUCUUGUUUUUAGUUAAUUACUAUGCAAUGUUGUAAAAAAAAUCUGUAUUUUUAUAAUCUAGUAAUUUUUAAAGUAAUUUUUAGUUUAGUUAUUCAAUAAUUUUGUACAAUGGAAAUUUUACAUGUUUGUACUAUAUAACAAUUUAAAAUGCACAAAUUAUGCAAAUAAUGAAUAAACAGGUUGUAAUUUCUCU